AUGCCUUGGAGUCAGAAGAGUAAGCUCCGUGCCCAUGAGAAACACCGCCAGGCCCAAGAAAAGCCCGAGGAUCUGGCAGGUACCCAGGCCACUGUGGGAGUGGGAGAAGAGUUCCGCUCUGCUUCCUCUCCUCUUUUCAAAGGUAUUUCCGAAAGCUCACUUAUUGCUGGGUCAUGUUGUAAUCCACAGGUUCUUCAGAGAGCCACAGCUGUUUCACACACUGAGCCCACCUACAGAGACCCUCUAGAUGAGACGGUGGUUUUAUCGGUGUACUACCUGUUGUACAAGUAUCAAAUGAAAGAGCCCAUUACCAAGGCAGAUAUGCUGAGAAAUGUAAUCCAGGUGUACAGGAAUCACUUCCAUGAGAUCCUCAAGAGAGCUUCUGCGCACAUGGAGAUGGUCUUUGGCCUUGACCUGAAGGAAGUGGAUCCCUACCGGCACAUCUAUGUCCUUGUUAACAAACUUGAAAUAAGCUACGAUGCAAUUCUGGAUGAUGUGAGAGAGGUUCCCAAAACCGGCCUGGUGAUGGCUAUUCUGGGUGUGAUAUUCAUGAAUGGCAAUUGUGCCACUGAGGAGCUAGUCUGGGAAGUGCUGAAUAUGAUGGGUGUAUAUGCUGGGAGGAAGAACUUCAUCUGUGGGGAGCCGAGGAAGCUCAUCACUGAAGAUUUGGUGCAGGAAAAUUACCUGGAGUGUCGCCAGGUGCCCAAUAGUGAUCCUCCCCGCUAUGAGUUCCUGUGGGGUCCAAGAGCCCACGCUGAAACCAGCAAGAUGAAAGCGCUGGAGUUUGUGGCCAAGAUCAAUGAUAUGGUCCCCACAGCCUUCCCAUCCUGGUAUGAAGAGGCUGUGACAGUUGAGGAAGAGAGACCCCGAGCCAGAGCAGCAACCAAGGUUCAUACCACUGCCAUGGCCAGUGCGCACUCCAGGGCCAUGGCCAGAAGUUCCUCCUGCCCCAAUAAAGUCAAGCCGAUUCUUCACUUUGUCAUUAAUAAAAAGUCCACAUUCUCAUUAAUGGAAGGUCAAGUGGAAAGUUUCUUAGCUUCAAAGUCCAAGUUUGUGAAUGUCGUUGCUCAUUUUUGUGCCAUUGUGCCCGCAUGUCCAAACUGGAAGCUGACCCGCUGGUCAGCUCUUCUGUGCAACUUCCUCAGGAAGCUGCCCUCUGCUCCCAGAGGAACAGAUGGCCCACAUCCCCUGGUUUCCCCUGACUUAGAGCAUCCCACCUCCCUACGGAUCCCGUUUCUCACUGUGGACUCUCUGAUAGCGGCUGCCCUUUCCAUCUGCAAACAUGCAGAGCCUGUGUUGAGCUGUGGAUCCACAUGGUGGAAGCAGCCUGGACCCCUGGAUCACCUGACAGCAGAGACCCCCACCUGCCCAUGGCAAGCUUUCUGUGUAGGCGAGAGAAACUUUUGUAGUGAACAGAGUAGACCCCAGAGAACCCUGCCCCUGUAUCAGCCCUGGAAGAUCCCAGGCAAAGCUGACCGAAAGUGGUACACCCUAAUAUCUGCCUUGGGGUUUCACGGAAGCAAAGGCAUUGGUCUGUAUACUGAGGGAGGCGCUCUGGGCUCUGCCUGCAAUUACACUAAAGAUCUGGAGUUAGGUAUGAAGGUACCGCCCAUCCCAGAAGAGAGAGGCUCCCAGAGUCCUGCUCCUGCUAUCAGCCCCCAAAGAACCCAAACAGGGAUCAUCUCAUGUAGCAACCUCCGAGAACCGUCGGAGGGGACUGAAGCGGGUGAGGGCGGUGGAAUCCGGGUGUCAGCUUUGAACCAGCAGAGGGACAGUAGCUAG